ACUGCAGCCGAAGAUCCCGGGAUUUACUGAGAUAUAGUCGAUGUAAGGAAGUGAACUACUGCUCCAAGGACUGUCAGAAAGGACACUGGGAGGAGGGACAUAAAGAACAUUGUAAAACGUCGGGCAGCCAGGAUUCAAUGGUGUGUCGUUUCUGCAACAAGUCUUCAAAGCAUCUAAAGAGAUGUAUCAGCUGUCUUCAAGUGUCUUACUGCUCAAAGGAGUGUCAAAAAGAAGACUGGAGCCAAAGACACCAAGUUGAAUGCAAAGUGGCAAAGCCUUUAGAAUUGAAUAUGAUAUGUCAAACAACAAAAUCGGAAGCAAAAGAAGAAAAGGAAGAGCUUAUACCAUAUAAAAGGCAUAAUAAAGCAGAAGAUGGAAAGAGUAUUGAGUUGUUAGAUUGCUGCUGGGUAUGCAGAAGAAAUGGUGAACUGAAAACUUGCAAAGAAUGCCACAAGACAAGGUAUUGCUCUCGAGAAUGUCAGAAGGCUGAUUGGAAAACUCAUAAAACUGACUGCAAGAAAGAAAAAGGUGGAAUAGAAAAUCACGGAGAAAAAGAUGAUGAAACAUUGUCCAUUUGUGCUCAUUGUAGAUUGAAAGGUACACACAUUGCUUACGAGUAUUGUAGUGCAGUUUUUUAUUGUUCAGAAACUUGUCAACGAUUGGACUGGGGAAAACACAAAACAACGUGUAAAUUGCGCACUGGAAAAACAAAAACACCAGAGACGUUAACUGUUGAACAAUACACUCUCUUUGGCCUUGUGACUCCCGAGGAAAAUAAUGGUGUUGAUCCCAAUGAUGUCAAUGUAGAAAUAGGUGAUAAAGAACUAUUCAAAGGUCGCAGAUUUUUUUGUAAUUGAUGUAAAGACCAGCCUUCCAUCUUGACCUGUCCUACCUGCAACUCGGCAACGUAUUGCUCCAUGUUCUGUUGUGAUCAGGAUAAAGAUGACCACAAAGAAACUUGCAGAACUAUACAGGCACAAAAAUUCCAGGAAGGGCCUUCAUCCUUUCCUUGCUCUACAACACUUGGUUAUAUUGGUGACACUUCAAAUAAAAUUAAUUAUCGUUCAGUAAACCACUCCCCAUCUCAUUCCGUGUUACCAUUUCUAAUAGACCUGCUAUAUGUACAGGAUAACGCGGACCUGACACUAGUUAUUGAGAGAUCUGCAACAUCUUGCGAAAGAGCCCGAGAGAAGAUCAAACGAAAGUUUCCAAAUUAUGUUUUGAUUACUCGAGUCAGAGAAAUACCAAUGGAGAAAAUCUCAAUGCUUGGCUCUAAUAUUUGCACACAUCCUUUUGUUUUCUUGUCCUUCAUUAGAAGAUUUCAUGGAUACAGGGGUCGGCAUAACGUGUACUUACAGGCAAGUUCAAACUCAAAGAUUUUUGUUUAACCAACUUACAUUAUGUUUAGUCAUCAAACAGUAUAUCUAUUUUCGAAUUUUCACAUGGAUUUGAUAGCAAGUACAUAUUUCACGGACAGUACUAGUCAGGGUUCGUUUGAGAUUC